AGAGAGGUUGUGGGGUAGGAAGCUAGGGUUAGAGGCUACCGGUGAGGCUAGAAUCCCAGCGUGGUCGGUUGGAGCAAAUAUGUCUGUCCGGAGGCACAUUGGGAAUCCUGAGUAUCUGACCAAAAGGAUACCACAAAACCCAAGGUAUCAGCAUAUCAAGUCAAGACUGGAUACUGGGAACAGUAUGACUAAAUACACUGAGAAGCUAGAAGAGAUCAAAAAAAAUUAUAGAUACAAAAAGGAUGAGCUUUUCAAGAGACUAAAAGUUACAACCUUUGCCCAGCUGGUCAUCCAAGUUGCUUCCCUAUCUGAUCAAACACUGGAAGUGACAGCUGAAGAGAUUCAAAGGCUAGAAGACAAUGACUCUUCGGUGACGUCAGAGCCCGACGGGGAGAUCGGUGCCAGGACCAACGGAAAGGGGAGCCCCGGGGAGCCGUCGCCAAGCCCCGUGCAGUUCAUAACCAGCGCGGGAGCCGGCGACUCCAGCCGCUCGACUCUGCAGAGCGUCAUCAGUGGUGUUGGGGAACUGGAUCUAGACAAAGGGCUAGUGAAGAAAGCAGAGCCCAACACCAAAGACAAACCUUACCCCGACUGCCCCUUCCUGCUACUAGAUGUGCGAGACCGAGACUCGUACCAGCAGUGCCACAUUAUCGGAGCUUACAGUUACCCAAUUGCAACUCUGUCUAGAACAAUGAAUCCUUAUUCAAAUGACAUUCUUGAAUACAAAAAUGCCCAUGGCAAGGUCAUCAUUCUGUACGACGAUGACGAGAGGCUGGCCAGCCAGGCGGCCACCACCAUGUGCGAGCGCGGGUUUGAAAACCUCUUCAUGCUUUCCGGAGGUCUAAAAGUCUUAGCUCAGAAAUUCCCAGAAGGACUGAUUACGGGUUCCCUGCCUGCAUCUUGCCAGCAGGCCCUUCCUCCUGGCCCUGCCCGGAAACGAUCCAGCCCCAAAGUGCCGCCCCCACCAGCUGAGAACAAAUGGAGAUUUACCCCAGAGGACUUAAAAAAGAUAGAAUAUUACCUGGAAGAGGAACAGGGUCCUGCGGACAAUCCUAGCCGGCUGAGCCAAGCUAACGCCUCUGGAAGAGACUCCAAGGUUCCAGGUGCCCGCAGCAGUCAGAGCCUGCCCACCGGGGGCCCUGCUGGCCCUCCGAACCCCCGCUCGCUCAGCAGUGGCCACCUGCAAGGCAAGCCCUGGAAGUAAAGACUUUGUCUGUCUUAGUCAAAUAAAUGUGUUUUCUCCUUUUGGAGCCCCGGAGCAGUUCCCAAGUUGGUCAUUUUCAGAAACUGCUGUGGAGGAAAGACCCCGCCAUGUGUGACAGGCCCUCUGCCCUCUGCCCGGGGCCCGCUCCUUGCCUACAUCCAGCUCCGAAGGAGUUUUACAAAAACCAGAGGCAUGACAGGCUCUAGUGUCCUCCCUAUUGUUUACAGGGUAUUUAAGUUUCUGAAACUGCGUAGGACAAAAAGAGUCUAAUUUUUUUUUUAGGGCUUUUUUCUUUUUUUUUUUUUUUAAAUAAGGUCCAGGUUGUAUUGGGUCAUAUUGUAAAUUCUUCAGUCGCAUCUGGUAUGUUCUUCCCAACCGGUUCUUUUUCACUCUCUGGUCUUGGUUUCAUGAAGGUUCUCCAGGUGGGCUUUGCAGCAGCCGCCCCAGGGGUGGAUGCUUCUGACCGAGGAGCUGUCUGCCCAGCCCACGCCACAGGCUCUGUCGUUAGUCGGAGGCUGGCCCCCCGGGGCACUGCUCAGUUUUCAGGUCUGGUACAGCCACUCUCUCACUCCCAGAAUGUUGCUCCUCGCUGGAUGUUUUCCUGGAACCAGCCCUGUGAUGAUAUGCUCGGGGCACGAGGGGUCCUCACAGCGAAGCCCUGUCAGCUGCCCGGGCCUGUGUCAAGGGCCAUUGAAGCACCCCCACUGCCCACCCCGACCUGCCCCUCGCUGGUGGACGGGUCUCUCUGUUGGAAAUUUCCACUCCCCAGCUCUGGUCCGUCCUUCUUAGGCGGAUAGAAAUUAUGGCCCCUUGAAAACAGCAGCACCCACUGGGCAACCGCAAGCACGCAAGGUGGGGACAACUCCGCGGUCCUUUGUCAGGGCUGACAGCCCCUUGAAGCCCGAGCUUAAAAUACAGUAUUAGUCUAAUUGAGUAAUUAGUGCAGUUUCCUGCUUACUUUUCAUUCUCAUGACUGAGCUGUGAUUAGGAGGUUGUGAUUAUAGAUUCUGGUUUGGGCCAGAAUUUUGAAUCAGCAUUAAUUGAAUUGCUAGGCGACUGACAUUCAUUCCAUUUAAUUGGGGGAACAAAAGACCUCAGGUGGGAUGAGGGACUCCGAAAUCAUCAGGCAAAGGGAAGGAGCCUUGUUAAUUUUUAUGGUCUGUGAUCUGUAGCUGUGAUAAGGGGCCGGGGAAUAAAUCGUGUUCUUUGUCAUGGCAACGAGCUUCUGAAAACCCAACGGAAAAUUGCUUAUCCUUAGGUGGGUCCUCUGCCCGGGAAGAUUUGCCUUAACGGGACAAUUUUCUCGCCACCAAAAAAAAGAAAGAAAGAAAAGAAAAAAUACCACAGUAUUUCUAGCGUGGGGGGCUGUGUUUGUAAGAGAAAUAAAGGUAAAAAAUAUCUCAUAGAAACAUAUGGAAAAAUAACUUUCAGAUUCAGCCCAGCUCUGUUUGAGUGUGUUUAUGCUUCCCUACUUGAUUUCCAAAGUGCAACAUAUUCCGAUGCUUUAGAAAUCAAACAAACCAGGGACAUUGUUCAGAUGUCAAGCUGUGCCCAAUUUUCCACAAGAUUCCAGAAUCUUGUAUAAAAUGCAGCCAACAUACACAUAGCUUUAAUGAGGAGCCUGUCAUGUUUCCCCAUAAAUUUAUUGCCUGAGAACUUAGUUCAGCCUUUUGCUCAUGCCAGAAUGCUCUGGCUUUUUAUUUUCUUUACGGCAUAGAUUUUAAAAAAUGCAAAUUUUUCCACACUCAACUUUCCCCUAGCAUGGACAAGAUUUUCAGCCAUGUAUGACACAUAUAUAUUUUGAAGGGGGGGAAAACCCAUCUCUCUCUCUCUGUGACAAAGUUCUGUUUGUGCCAUUUUAAAGUGGACUAGCCAGGAGUUUCGAUUUCCCCACUCAAUUCUACUUUGAAAGUAGUGGUAGUCCCCCUUUGUUCCCACUCUGCAUUCUGAUCACCAAACAGCCCUAGAGUGUUAGAAGCCACUGUACAUAUGUAUAUAUAGGGAAAGUCACUGGAGCCAAACCUCUUAGAACCGCCGUGCAGUUAGCUGAGACAGCUGGCAAGUUGAAUACAUUCGUGUGUGUUUCUCCAUAGCGCUUUGCCUGUUGGUAAGGGUUUUAGAUCGCUGCCCCUCAAAGCCCUGUUCUGAUCCUGCUCCUUGUGUGUCAGGUGUCCACUUCAGACAGUUUUUAACACGCUUGAGUUAUUGCUGCCAGUGUUCUACUUUGCUGGUUUCUUCAUUGGCUUAACUGACAUGUAUUACUUAAGUGAUCAGUGGUACUUUGUGCAAUUAUGAAUGUUAAAGAUUAAAGUACAGAGUUAUUAAUUUGCUGUUUGCUAUUUAAUAUGCUGAGAUCGGCCAACUUCUCUCGUCCUCUCUGUUGAGAUGAUCGGGGGGAGCCACGGGACUGAGGUGACUUGAAAGCAUAGCUCUUUUCGCGGCAUCGCCCAAGAAGGCACGUAUUCUUUGCAUGAAGAAGCUCCGACGAGGGUAGGGGACCUUAGCUCUCUAGGCAGAAGGCCUGGGUUUCUCCUCAUGCUCGGGCAGGGACUGACUGUCCCUAAAGCACCUCACAGCAGGACUUUCUUGUCAGUGUUCCAGGGGUUGACGGGCUGCCCUUGCCGGGGACCGUGUGACCCCCCCCCCACGAUGGCAGGUGCUUUAACGACGUACAACUACAGCUCUACCUGAACAGCGGCGAUGGCUAAAGUCGCAGUAACACGUUCCUGGCUUUAAAGGGGUGUGUUUUUAAGGAAGAAAGGAGAAAACCAAAGAAGCAAGAAAAGGAGUGAGGGGCAGUAAGGGUGGGGUGGGGGAGCUAUAUUACUCAUUCGAAAAUGAAAAGCACAUCUUGGGCUGUCAUAAUGCCGGGUUUAAUCUAGUGAAAGGUAUAGCGUGAUGCAAAUGGCCUAAAAGUAAUUUUAUUUUUUACCUUUCGUAGAACACCAGAAUCAGCACAGUCAUAUUGGACUUGGUGUAAAUCAGAAUUUAUAAGAGAACAAACAGCGUGCAUUAGUUGCUGAGGGAUUUUUUUUCCUGUGGAGCUAUCGAGCUGACACAAAAAUUCUUAAGACAGUAGGCCACUCACCGAGAAAACAGAACAAAAUAAAAACCUUCUUUUCCCUAAUUCCCUGGUGGAAUAUCAGUGAAAUUAGAGUCCUCAGCUAGGAAGAAAGAUGUAGGUAAUUUUUCUUGUGCUGGUUUGCGUUUCUGUCAUGUUACCUAUUGGUUAUAGAUCCCGUCUUUAUGUUAUCUGACAUUUGGCGGGGGGGGGGUGUAAUUAAUUCCUGUCCACCUGGAUUUACACCCACGACUCCCUUCUUGUCCUACCCUGAUGAUUAUCACCGAGAACCUUCCUUCCCCGUUGCAGAAUGUUGCCAGGGUCUUCUGUGUGCAUUAGAUUCAUCACAACCCUUUCAAAGACGCGAUUCCCAUAAUACUUUUCUUCUUUUUACAAGAAGCAUCAGAAACAUAGGUUACAAUUCAUCAGUUUAAUUCCUGGGGCAUGAUGGUAUGCUUAUAUGCAGUUCAAUUAAUUUUUUUAUUAACAAAUGUAUUUUUUCCUAUGAAAACAAGAAAAAAGACACACUGUGCUUCCAGUGUUCGGAAUACAUUUGAGUAGUAAUAGUUCCCUAAAAAAAUUGUGGUAAUUAUUGAUGCUGUUAUUGCGGUGUCCUUAAAUUGAUACCUAGGUCAGUUACGGCACGAAAAAUGUGAUGGGGAAAUUUGUCAGCAUUGAAUUCUGACAAAACAGGAUUCAGGGCAUGCUUUUACGUGUGUUUACAAAACUAUGGCUGUCACACUGCGAUCCCCCGAUGGUCUCACUCUCGGAUGCUGUGAUCGCCCUUUGUUCUGAACGCAGAAGCAAAUUCUCUUCGCCUGUGUAGCAUCUCGAGGCAUCUGGUUUUACGCGUGGCGAACAGAGGCCACUUAUUAAAUGCUACUGACUGAUGGACCGCCUUUUUUAAAGGAUGCAAAUACGUCUUCUAUUUGGCAUUCUUUUGACUAUAAGCUCCCAGAGGGUGAAAAUCACCAGCGAUGGGACAGUGACCUUUAAAAAGCGUGCGUGAAUAAAUGAAUGGAAGCUGUCCAGACUGCAAUCUGGGAUGUAGUGCCCAUUAUGGUGGCCCCUCCGUGCUGGCCUGCGAUCUGGAGACCCCAGAAAGCUCUUUAUCUUUUGUCCCUGUGUCCAUCCCGCUGUUGUAGGAAAGGCAUUGACAAGCCUGAGAUUUUUAGAUGACCCACUGCAGGGGGCACCCCAGGAGCUGUUCGGGGCGUUAUUAUCACCCCGGCUGUCUGCAGUCUGCCAGGCCUGUUUUCCUGGUCCCCUCAGGCUCAAAGUAGCCUUCAGAAGCCCUCAGAUACAGGUUGCACACAUCCCCAUCAGAGAGUGCGUUCUUCUUCUCUUUUGUUUCAAAUCAAAGCUCUCCGGAUAACGACCCAGCAAACGUGUGGAGAGCUUACUCCGUGUUAGGUAGUCUUCCUAGAUGCUUCCAGAUGUGUUCUGACUCAGUCAGUUCUCACGGCAGUCCCAUGAGAUGGGUGCCCCACUUUCAGGUGAGGAGACCGAGGAGCAGGUGGAAAUUAAGCAACUCGCCGUGAGCCCCCAAGCCACUGAGCUAAAGGUCGCGAAGCCGGGCGCCGGCCUGAGACCCGGCCCGAGACCCUUGGCUCCCGAGCAAGUUCGUUCUAAGUUCGUUCUGCGGCUCUGCUCCGUGCUUCCCCCUCGGUGGCACCCCCGACUGACCCACGCGAAUGUAACUUUCCUUCGGGUGUGGGCCCCCUUCCCUCCUCGUCACCUGAGAGCCCACCGAAAGCUGUCCUCCUCGACCCGCACAAAAGGGGACAGGAAUCCGGAGACUUGCACGUCUGCUCCCGGGAGCCUGUAUUUCCACAGAUGCGCGGUCUGGGUCCCGAGCGCGGGGGCGCCCGGCUCUCUGGGAUUUGUGCCGCGUCCGAACAACACGAACGAGGUCUCACGUCAGGGACGGGAGUUACAGACCUUUCACCUGACUGUUGGGAAAGAAGUAGGCUGUUUUCGUAAAUAGAACUAAAAGUUUAAUAAACCAUAUUGAUAUGAUUUGUAGCCGGGGUGAUGGCUCUGAUUUAGGCUGAGACAUACAUUGUGGGGAUCGGCCCCCGGCCCCCGGCCUGCGUGUCUCGGGGGGAAGCAGCGGCUAAACUACCUCGUCCGCGUCCACAGAGCGUUUGCUGCGCCGCUGUCUCCCCAGAGGGUAGCAGGACGCUUCUCAUCCUCUUCCUCGCGUUUGCCGGUCAACACUCGGCGGCUCCGGCUCGGGCUCCGGCUCGGGCUCCGGCUCCGGCUCUGGGGUUGUUAGGUGGUGCUCAGCAAUUUGAGUUGCCAAGUUAAUGCAGAUCCUGAAAGCUUUGGGGGAAAUUCAUUACGCUGUGACGGUUUUUCAGAUGUGCCGGGUCCUCCGAGCCUUUUUCUCAGAGUCACGGGGCCAAUCUGAACGUGAUGGUUGGUCACACCCGUUUCCUGUAAGUAGCGUCUGAGUAUGUUCGCAGGAUGAUGUUUCUGUCCCUAGAGUCCUUAGAGCCAGAGUCCUUCUGCGUCCUUAAACCCACCUAGCCCCACCUGCCCUUGCAAAACCCUCGCUGAGAUGAUGAAUAGCCCCCUGCACUGGAUGAGGGACCCGUGAGGUCAUAUCUGGAUUGUAUUCAAUGACAUGUCAAUUUUAACUUCAAACCAAAACCAGAAAGCUACACGUGCCUAUCUGAGUGUUAAUUCAAGAGGCCGCCCGAAGGAUUCUCACGGACCACCAAUGGCCCACAGGCCACACUGAGAACCGUAUAUAAUGGUGUAAGAAGAAAGCCAAGCGAGUUCAUUUAAAAAUAAAGAUUUUUAAAAAGCCCUGGAGAACAGGCAUUAGCAUAAUCAAUUCCCCAGAUCGCUGCAGGAACCAAAUGUAAGCAGAAGGGGCUCUUGGGGAUUUUCAUCUGAGCUAUGGCAGACUGCUUAGAGAACAGCUCCCAACCGGGGGCUCGAGAAACCCCUUCCCUGGGUAGAAACACUGCUGCUUCCAGCUCUAUCUGGAGUAUAAGUUUUUCUGAAGAUGAGAUACAUGGUUCUGGGCAAGAUGGUGAAAUAAGAUACCAGAGCAGAAGAGAGGAGUUGAAGCAAAUUAUAAAAAAGAAUCUGGGCCCAGAUUAAGAUGGCCAUGAAAUGUUUGAUGUUGAUAUUAAGUUGAUUCCAGAUAAUUUACCCACAGGGUAUUUGGUGUGUUUGAAAUAGUUGUGUUUUUUCCUGAUUCUAAAAGCUUAUUGCAAGAACUUCAGAAAAGAGGAAACCCACCACCAUCACUACCCAGGGUGACCUUGAUUAUCACUGGGGAAUAUAUCCUUCCCUGUACAGCGUGUGUAUGUGUAUGUGUGUUUCAAACAAAAAUGAGAUUCAUACUCAGCAUACUAUUUUGUAACCAACUUAUUUUUUUAAACAACUGUAUGGAAGUAUAAAUCCCAUACUCUAAAAUUCACGUUUAUAAGUGUACAAUUCAGUGACGUUCAGCAAAUUUACAGAAUUGUGCAACCAUUACCACAAUCCUGUUUCAGAACAUUUUCAUUAUGUGUGGCUUCUUUCACUUAGUAUUUUGUGACCCGUUUCCCUAUGUCGACACGGUCUGCAGUGGCCUCACGAUACCCCAUUAUUUAAACAUGUCAUAUGGGUGUCGAUACUGGUACCUAGGUAGUUCUUUUCCUUUUUACUUAAUUUUGUAUUAUUACAGCCUUGUUUAUACACAUAUUUGAACUUGUCUGAAUAUUUUUGUAAAAUAAAUUUCUCCAAGUGGACUUUCUGGGUCAAAAGCAACAAUACAUUUGAAAUUUUGAUUUCUAUUGCUCCCUCCCUCCCCACCGCUGCCCGGGGAAGGUGGCAUAAAUCUAUCCUCAUUCCAGUAGUAUCUGACAGGCCUUAUUUCUUCAUACCCUUGAUAACACUGAGUUGUCAGUCUUUCUUUUUCUUUGUCAAUCUGAUGGAAGAAAAAUGAUUCCUUUGCUUUUCUUUAAUGUACAAAAAAAUCACUCAGAGAAUCAGUACCUUUCAUAUAUUUAUUGGCUUUUUCUGUUUCUUCUUUCGGGAAUUGCUUCUUUUUCUUUCGAAAUGGUAGUCCUUUUUAUUUAACCCCUUUCUUUUACUUAUCAGAAUUCUUUUCCCCUCAAGGUUUUUAAUACUUUUUCAUAUAUGCUGCACUAUUUUCUAAAAUUAUCAUUUCCCUUUUCACUGUUUUUAUUUAUAAAAUAAAAUUUUUACCCCAGAUUUGUAAAAAUAUGUAUCUGCAAAUAAAAUGUAAACCCCUCCCUACACUUGGAAAUACAAAAAAAUAGUAUUAACAGGUUCCUUGUCUCCAUUUAGCAGGUAUUUAAGUGCCUACUAUGUGCCAUGGAUUUGGCCAACCCGUAGGGAUUACGUGUUGAGCAAAACAAUCUCUGCCCUUAAUGGAAUUUUCAUUCUGGUGUUCAUUCCUUAUCUUGUCAGGUGUCCUAAGACUCUUCCUUGCUCAGAGCCUUACUUUCUAAACUACAGCUCAGGGAAUUCAAAAUCACUAUAUGGAUUAUAAAAUUCACGAGUCCAUUCGUUAGUAAAAGUAGAGAACAUUCACUCAACAAAUAUUUAUUGGGCAUCUAUACGUCAACUACUAUUGGUGGUUUUGGAGACUGAACGCCCAACAAGGUGGGGCCCUCUAUCAGGAAGCACAAUUACUUUAAAUCAAACAAUUUUAUCCUUGAGGUCUAAGUAAUCCAAUUUUGUAAGAUACUUUGUCCUUGCUAACUUAAUAUUUUUUUGCUUAUCCAUCUUAAGCAAAAAAUAAGAUCAGCUUUUUACUUGUCCAAACUGAGCCAUUAAAUGGGUUUCAGCUCAUCUACAUAGAUUGAAUGCAAAUGUUUCCCAAAAGAUAACUUGAAGGAAGUGUUAUAAAAUUUUUAGGUCAUUUUUCUGUAAAGACUGAAAUACUGGGGACGCCUGUGUGGCUCAGUCGGUUAAGCGUCUGCCUUUGGCUCAGGUCAUGAUCUCAGAGUCCUGGGAUCGAGCCCCACAUUGGGCUUUGGGCUCAGUCCGCUUCUCCUUUUCUCUCUGCCCUUCCCCCAGGGAGCUCGUGUGCUCUCUUUCAAAUAAACAAAAUCUUUAAAAAAAAAAAAAACUGAAACAUCAUUUUACCUUGCCUCAUAAACCUACAUAUAUAUGUUUCUAUAUACUGUAUGUAUAAUCUGCCUCAUACUUUUUGUUUUCUGGAAUGUUUGGUAACAAAACAAACAGACAAAAAUAGAGCAUUUGACCUGUGGAAAAAGGAAAGUCCUUGGACCUGGAUGCACUGUAACACGUCACCUGGCCCACACAGGGGAGGGCUGCCAUCUUUACCCCCCAGCUCCCCUCUUUCGGGAGCUACCAAUCCACCCUCAGCCCCUUCCCAGAGACUUCUGUGAGAGUAACCCCUGCUCCACAUUUGCAUCUGAAAAGAUAUGGAAGAAACACCAGGUCGAUUCUUGCUUUGAAAAAAGUUGAGAUACCCAAUCAGGGCACUGAGCCAAAGGAGGAAGGCCAGCGUGUGUUAGGAGCUAUGGAGAAUCUCCAAGGGAGAGCCUUGUAUUUGAGAAAUUUUGUGAAUGAUGAGGGAGUGGUGGUGGGUAAAACAGGAGAGGAAGUGGAGACCAUGUGCCCCAGGAUGCCAGAAAGGAUGUGGCAUAUGAAAAUAAAAGCUACUUCUGUCCCUACAAGCAAAGUCUCCGUGACGUACUACAGUUAAUGAAAUGUCCUAGGAUUGGGGUUUGUUCUUUAUCUUCAGUAAAUUUUUCAUUGAAGUUAAUUUUCUUCCCACUUAAUUAAAUUUGCUCUGCCUGGCUGCAACGUCUAUUUGCGACAGGGGUGGCCACCAGGAUUACUCUAUUCCAUCCUCAGAGCUCUUGCGUCUGUCGAUAAAUGGACCCAACUAGCUCUGCCAUUGUGCAGGCUGACUUCCUCACCCCUGCACGGUGCCCAGCAUUUGGUUAGCAGCUGUGGCUGCCGCUAGCUACUAAGGUAUGAACGAAUCCCCACACUGAUGAGCUGAGCGCAGGGUGGUCUCAUUAAAACAGACGCCACUUGGAUCCAACUUCAGAG